AGCCAUCGUGUCAUAGGUGUGGUGUGUGGAGAAGCGGUGGACCGACCGACGACGGCGGCAACCCGCACGGCGAGGCGAGGCGAGGCCGACGGCGGCGGCGCGCGUCCACGAAAAGCGGGGGGGUAUCUACCUGUUUUUCGUAUAAGCCCCUCAAGAUCUAGGAAAUCGCGGGGCGUGGUCCUCGGCCCGGGGCCUUUAAAUGCGGGGGCACCCAUGUAGGCCGGAGCAGAGCGCCACGAGGCGAGUUGUUGGGUGUUCCCUAGACUAGCCGUCUCUUCCUCCUCUCCCUCUCCUCCUCCUCCCGCCGCCGCCUGCAACCGCUUCACGUGGCCUGAUCCUCCUCCGGAGCUCUCCCUUUCGACCCCAACAAAUGGAGCCCAAGAGGUCCCCUGCGCUGCCGCAGCCCAACGUGGAGACCAAGAAGUCCCCUCCCCGCGCUGCCGCCGGAGGAGGCGGCGGCGGCACAGCUGCCGUCGGUGGCGAGUCGCCGUUGAGCAGCCUGUUCCACCAGCCGUCGCAUGGGGCAAAAGGCAAAGAAGACAUAUACUCCAUUUUCUACAAAGGGCAGAACGGGACUGCACAAGCUGGGACUGCAGAUGGUAAAUCCCAGUGGACUCCUCCUAAAAGUCGCACCGUGUACACCAAGGAUAACAAACAGUCAAAUCAGUAUGAUUCGGUUGAUACGUCCUGUUUUGGUUCUUCUGUGAACUAUGGUGGUCGAGACUAUUAUGGAAUCUCUGGACACAAGCAAUCCACAGAAUCCAAUGAUUAUAAGGCGGACAAAAAGGACCCUUCCACAGAUUCUCAUGGUGACUGGUGGCAAGGUUCGUUUUACUACUAAGCGAACUUGGUGGCCUCUCCCUUGGUGGAAAAGGGAAUGGAAUGGGAGGGGUUGGAGCUGGUUUUGCUUCACUGUUGCUAUGCUGGCCGUAUCAGUUACCUAAAUCAUACUAGUGUGACAUCGUCCAUCAGUGGUGGCAGUAUUUGGAUCAUCACACCUGGGCAGAUGUAGUGUGUCUUUACCUUUUCAUUUCGUAGCUUGUGCUUUAGAUGUGAAAUGAAUCGAACUUACAAGCACAGUAAGUUUUAGGUCGCAGGUUGCAUAAAUGGUCCCUAUCCAUUCUGCCAAAUCUGGUCAGUAACCAGAUUGGAUCAGUUUGGUCUGGCUCUCUUAGAUCGAAGUAUAUGUUCCUUGUACUCUCGGAUCUUCGCUCCGGAGCCAAGAAGGCUGGAGAAGUGGAGAUCACUUGCAUUGUAAACAUGUACUCGUUUAAUUUCAAAGAACUUAGCAAACUGUUCUUAUAAAUAGUAGUACUUUUAUUCCAA